GACGGGAGCGAAGACGAAUAAAGAGUUUUGGAGACGACAAAAAGUUUGAAGCGAGGAGCGGACACAAAGAGGACGACGCUCGGGUGUCCACCAUUGGACUUUUGCUCAUUUUUAAUGUGUUUUAUUCCCUAAAAGGCUUUCUUAAUGAGGCGUGCUUGUACGUGAAUUCCCCUGGACUGAGGUGUGUAAAGUUGGCGAGAUGUUUUUCUGCUCGGUUCUUCUCCUGUUCCCUGUGCUGCUUCCAGCCCAGUACCAAGGGGACAACGGCAUAGUCGUCCCAGAACACGGUCUAUGUCAACCCAUCUCCAUUCCCCUCUGCACGGACAUCGCCUACAACCAGACCAUCAUGCCCAACUUGGUGGGCCACUACAACCAGGAGGACGCCGGGCUGGAGGUGCACCAGUUCUACCCCCUGGUCAAGGUGCAAUGCUCCCCUGAGUUGAAGUUCUUCCUGUGCUCCAUGUACGCCCCCGUCUGCACCGUCAUGGAGAAGGCCAUCCCCCCGUGCAGGUCCAUCUGCGAGCAGGCCAAGCAGGGCUGCGAGGCCCUCAUGAACAAGUUCGGCUUCCAGUGGCCGGACCGUCUGCGCUGCGAGAACUUCCCGGUGCACGGGGGCAGUCAGAUGUGCGUGGGGCAGAACAAGUCGUCCGCCGCCACCGUGCCGCCUCUACCCGUGCCGGGCACGCAGGACGUGUCCGUGGUCCACGACCGGUCGUUCCGGUGCCCCAACGUCCUUAAGGUCCCGCCGUAUUUGAACUACGUGUUCCUGGACGAGAAGGACUGCGCGGCUCCCUGCGAGCCGGCCCGGGGCGGCGGCUACAUGUUCUUCACCGACAAGGAGAUCCACUUCUCCCGCAUUUGGAUCCUGGUCUGGUCGGUGCUUUGCUGCGCCUCCACCUUGUUCACCGUCACCACCUACCUGGUGGACAUGCAGCGCUUCCGCUACCCGGAGAGGCCCAUCAUCUUCCUGUCGGGCUGCUACACCAUGGUGUCGGUGGCCUACAUCGCCGGCUUCUUCCUGGGCGACAAAGUGGUCUGCAACGAGGCCUUCGACCCGGACGGCUACAAGACCAUCGUGCAAGGCACCAAGAAGGAAGGCUGCACCAUCCUCUUCAUGAUGCUCUACUUCUUCAGCAUGGCCAGCUCCAUCUGGUGGGUCAUCCUGUCCCUCACCUGGUUCCUGGCGGCGGGCAUGAAGUGGGGCCACGAGGCCAUCGAGGCCAACUCGCAGUACUUCCACCUGGCGGCGUGGGCGGUGCCGGCCGUCAAGACCAUCAGCGUCCUGGCCAUCGGGCAGAUCGAGGGCGACGUGCUGAGCGGCGUCUGCUUCGUCAGCCUCAGCAACCUGGACCCCCUGCGAGGCUUCGUGCUGGCGCCGCUUUUCAUCUACCUCUUCAUCGGCACCUCCUUCCUCCUGGCGGGCUUCGUGUCGCUCUUCCGGAUCCGCACCAUCAUGAAGCACGACGGCACCAAGACGGAGAAGCUGGAGCGCCUCAUGGUGCGCAUCGGCGUCUUCAGCGUGCUCUACACCGUGCCCGCCACCAUCGUCAUCGCCUGCUUCUUCUACGAGCAGGCCUUCCGCCCGCACUGGGAGCGCAGCUGGGUGGGCCACAGCUGCCGGAGCCUGGCCGUGCCGUGCCCGGCGCAGGCGGGGCCCCGCAUGACCCCGGACUUCACCGUCUACAUGAUCAAGUACCUCAUGACGCUCAUCGUGGGCAUCACGUCCGGCUUCUGGAUCUGGUCCGGCAAGACGCUGCACUCCUGGCACAAGUUCUACACCAGACUAACAAACGGCAAACACGGCGAGACCACCGUGUAAGGCCGCGCUUUUCUCACGCGUGGAUGUUUUUUUUCGGCGUGACGUUUGGGUUUGAGCAAACGGGCGAGCUUGGAUUAAGCGGGUCGGUCCGACUGAACAAAAAAAAACAUGGCCGCGUGCUGAAAAUGCUCACCUCCAACUCCUCUUCCUCCUUUAGCAUUUCACGUGUAAAUAAUCUGUAAAUAAUAUUUGUAAAAAAAACUACAAAAAUCUAUAUAUUUGUAUUUAAAAAAAUACCUGCUUCACAUUUGCACUGCGACAAAACCCAAGUAGAUUUUUUUUUUUUUUUUACAGUCUGUCAGCAAAAUGACUUGUAGUCACUUUAUUACAGGGGUCACCAACCCAGUGCCCGCGGGCACCAGGUAGCCCGUAAGGACCAGAUGAGUCGCCCGCUGGCCUGUUCUAAAAAUAGCUCAAAUAGCAGCACUUACCCGUGAGCUGCCUCUAUUUUUUAAAUUGUAUUUACUCACUAGCAAGCUGGUCUCGCUUUGCUUGACAUUUUUUAACUCUAAGAGAGACAAAACUCAUAGAAUUUGAAAAUCCAAGAAAAUAUUUGAAAGACUUGGUCUUCACUUGUUUAAAUAAAUUGAUUUAUUUUUUUACUUUGCUUCUUAUAACUUUCAGACAGAAAUUUUAGAGAAAACCUACAACCUUAAAAAUGAUUUUACGAUGUUUAAACACAUAACAUUUUUACCUUUUUAAAUUCCUUCCUCUUCUUUCCUGACAAUUUCAAUCAAUGUUCAAGUAUUUUUUUUAUUUUCAUUGUAAAGAAUAAUAAAUACAUUUUAAUUUAAUUCUUCGUUUUAGCUUCUGUUUUUUCGACAAAGAAUAUUUGCAAAAUAUUUCUUCAAACUUAUUAUGAUUAAUAUUUAAAAAAAAUCUGGUAAAUCUAGAAGAUCUGUAGAAUCAAAUGUAAAUGUUAUUUCAAAGUCUUUUGAAUGUCUUUUAAAAUUUAGUUCUGUAAAAUCCAGAAGAAUUAAUGAUUUGUCUUUGUUAGAAAUAUAGCUUGGUCCAAUUUGUUAUAUAUUCUAACAAAGUGCAGAUUGGAUUUUAACCUAUUUAAAACAUGUCAUCAAAAUUCUAAAAUUAAUCUUAACCAGGAAAAAUUACUAAUGAUGUUCCAUAUAUUCUUUUUUUUUCUUUUUUUUUCAAAAAGAUUCAAGUUAGCUAGUUUUUCUCCAUUUUUUUCGGUUGAAUUUUGAAUUUUAAAGAGUCAAAAUUGAAGAUAAACUAUGUUUCAAAAUUUAAUUUUUAUUUUUUUCGUGUUUUCUCCCCUUUUUUUAUCAUUUAUUCUCUACAAAAAACCUUCCGCAAAAGGAAAAAAAAUGUACGACGGAAUGACAAACAGAAAUACCCAUUUUUAUAUAUAUAUACAGUAUAUAGAUUUAUUUAUUAAAGGUAAAUUGAGCAAAUUGGCUAUUUCUGGCAAUUUAUCUAAGUGUGUAUCAAACUGGUAGCCCUUCGCAUUAAUCAGUACCCAAGAAGUAGCUCUUGGUUUCAAAAAGGUUGGUGACCCCUGAUUUAUAAUGAAGCUACUAAAUAGUCGUGUGUACUUCACUAACGAACCAUUGCGUGUAAAUAUGGGUUUUCAUGCGUAUUCACCCGAUCUCAUACAUGUAUUCAUUCUACUUCACAUCUUUUUUGUUUAUCCUCCCCUCCGCCACCCCCCGAAUACCACGACAUGCACCGUUUAGUAUUUCGAAAGCGAGGAAGACAGGAAGUUUCUUCCAGCGCCGCCGUGUCAGAUGGACAUUGAACGUGGCGUGUUCACCCGCGUCCACGACAGCGGGGGUGUCCAAAGUGCGGCCCGGAGGCUAUUUAUGGCCGGAAGCUAUUUUUUUUAAACGGUGUCACAUUUUAAAAAUAUUAAUACAAAAAAUAUAAACAGUUAAAAGAGCAAUCUGGUGUUAUAUAGCAAUAAAAUGUUAUAAUAUUGCCACUAAUAAUGCAGUUGUUUUUUUUUUACUUUAAACAAAAAAAGUUAUUAAAAAACCCAGAUUGUAUCUGAAUGUAAUCUUUAGCAGUGGUUCUCCAACUUGUAUCCACUACCUCAAAAAACACCCGGCUCUAAGUACCACUAUAAUGACCAACAUUCAAACAUAGUAGCGUAGUAGGCCUAAGUAUUCAUUAAAAACAAGGCACAUUAUUUAUUUUUUUAGCUCUUUGGCUAUUACACACAGUAACACUGUGUUUGAAUACAGAAAUGUAAAACACUGUACUUUAAGCAAGUCAUUCUUUGGCGUACUACUAGAUGAGCACGGUUUGAGAAUCACCGAUCUAGAGAUUCAAGCAUUAAAAAAGUUAAAAAUGUAUAUAUUGAAAUAGACUUGUUUUUAACGCUUUUAGUCAGAUUUUUGUUAAAACUGUUUUUGUUAAAACCUAACGAAUCAAAAGCAAUGUUACAUAAUUAUUUACCUAUUCAAGGCUCCACUUCACCUCAAAUAUUUCAUUUUGAAAUUUGUUUUGGGGAAAAUUUUGCCGUAAAAAAACAGGGUUUUCCCUGGGACGUAAAAAAAAAACAACUUACUAGUUAAACGAAAGAUAUUUAAGUGUUGAAAGUAAACAAAUAUUAACAUAUGACUUAAUUUGAAGACUUUCUUGACUGAGACCCUUUUGGGUCCCCAGGACCUUUUAACGUUCAUCAAAAUUAACGGGAGACCUAAUGGUUUUGAAAAUGAACAAUAUAUAUAAUAUAUAUAACGUGAUUUACAAAAAUACGAAUACAUCUGAAAGUAAUCAUUAGCAGUGGUUCUCAAACUUUUUUUCCACUACCUCAAAGAACACCCGACUCUAAGUACCACUAUAAUGACCAAUAUUCUAAUAAAGUAGCGUAGUAGGCUUAAAUAUUCAUCAAAAGCAAGGCACAUGAUUUUUUUUUAUUUUUUUUACUAUUUGGCUAUUACACACAGUUUGAACAGUAACACUGUGUUUGAAUAUCAAAAUAUAAAACACUGUACUUUAAGCAAGUGAUUCUUUGGCAUACCACUAGGCGGAGCACAUUUUGAGAAUCACUGAUCUCGAGAUUCAAGCAUUAAAAGUAAAAAUUGACUUAUUUUUAAUGCUUUUAGUCUGAUUUUACAAAAAAUGUCUGUUUAAAAAAACACACAAUACAGUUAUAUAAUUAUUUACCUAUUCAAGACUCCACUUAUUUGUUUUGGAGAAAAAUUUGCCCUAAAAAACAAAGUUUUCCUCGGGAUGUUAACAAAAACAAAACCUUUUGGAUAUGUUUGAAGUUGAUCUAUAGAUAUUUAAGUGUUGAAAGUGUACAAAUAUUGACUUAUUUUGAAGACUUUAUUGACUGAGACCCUUUUGGGUCCCCGGGACCUUUUAACAUUCACCAAAAUUAACGGGAGACCUAAUAGUUUUAAAAAUGAAAACUAUAUAUAACGUAAUUUAAAAAACACGGACAGAUCUGAAAGUAAACAUUAGCAGUGAUUCUCAAACUUUUUUUUCCACUACCUCAAAAAACAUUCGGCUCUAAGUACCACUAUAAUGACCAACAUUCAAAUAUAGUAGCGUAGUAGGCUUAAAUAUUCAUCAAAAACAAGGCACAUGAUUUUUAAAUUUUUUUUUACUAUUUGGCUAUUACACACAGUUUGAACAGUAACACUGUGUUUGAAAAUAGGAAAAUAAAACACUGUACUUUUAGCAAGUGAUUUUUUGAUAUACCACAGUUUGAGAAUCACCAAUCUCGAGAUUCAAGCAUUAAAAGUACAAAUAUUGAAAUAGACAUUUUUAACGCUUUUAGUCCGAUUUUUUCUUUUUUUAACUGUUUUUUUAAAAAAAAUACAGUUAUAUAAUUAUUUACCUAUUCAAGACUCCACUUAUUUCACUUCAAAUAUUCCAUUUUGAAAUUUGUUUCAGAGAAAAUUUUGCCCUAAAAAACAAGUUUUUCCUCGGGAUGUUAACAAAAACAAUACUUUUUGGAUAUGUUUGAAGUUGAUCUAUAGAUAUUUAAGUGUUGAAAGUGUACAAAUAUUGAAUUAUUUUGAAGACUUUAUUGACUGAGACCCUUUUGGGUCCCCGGGACCUUUUAACAUUCACCAAAAUUAAUGGGAGACCUAAUAGUUUUAAAAAUGAAAACUAUAUAUAACGUAAUUUAAAAAACACGGACAUAUCUGAAAGUAAAAAUUAGCAGUGAUUCUCAAACUUUUUUUUCCACUACCUCAAAAAAUAUUCGGCUCUAAGUACCACUAUAAUGACCAACAUUAAAAUAUAUAGUAGCGUAGUACGCUUAAGUAUUCAGUAAAAACAAGGCACAGUUUUUUUUUUAAACUAUUUGGCUACUACACACAGUUUGAACAGUAACACUGUGUUUGAAUAUAGGAAAAUAAAACACUGUACUUUAUGCAAGUGAUUUUUUUUGGUGUACCACUAGGCGGAGCACAGUUUGAGAAUCACCAAUCUCGAGAUUCAAGCAUUAAAAGUAAAAUGAUUGAAAUAGACAUUUUUAACGCUUUAAGUCCGAUUUUUUUUUUAACUGUUUUUAAAAAAAACACAAUACAGUUAUAUAAGACUCCACUUAUUUCACUUCAAAUAUUCCAUUUCGAAAUUUGUUUUGGAGAAAAUUUUGCCCCAAAAAACAAGGUUUUCCUUGGGAUGUUAAAAAAAACCAAAACAUUUUGGAUAUGUUUGAAGUUGAUCUAUAGAUAUUUAAGUGUUGAAAGUAAACAAAUAUUGACUUAUUUUGAAGACUUUAUUGAUUGAUACCAUUUUGGGUCCCCGGGACGUUUUAACGUUCACCAAAAAUUAACGGGAAAACUAAUGGUUUUAAAAAUGAAAAAAAUAUCAAAAUGGACACCCCUGCUCUAAAUAAUCGCCCCGGUCCAAAACUAUGCUAUUAUUCAUGGACACAAUUGUUGCGUAUGAACACUUGAAACAACACAGUUGUCGCCAUGUUUGAAAAACGCAAAAUUUCGGGGGAUUUCUUCUGUUAACAUUAUAAUGGCUGCUUAGCGACGUCGGCCAUCUUUCUGGAUUGUUAUUUUACAUUAAGUGCACUAUUUUAAGUGCAAUUGUUGUGGGAUAUAUCACGAAACUGCAUGGUUCAUCUACCGUAUGUUCUCCCAUGUGUGUUCUUAUCAUUAAAUCCAGUCAAAUAGUACCAAAAA